CGGAGGCAGCAAGAGGGGCUGACAGCGCGGUGCUGGCGCUGAGCAGCGCAGGGACCAGUGCCGGUUCCUCCGGCCGGCGUCUGCGAGGACAGCGGCGUCAGACCCACUGGGGUUCGGGAAUUCACACAGACGUGGAGCAAUGCUUGUGACUCUGCGGCUCCUCAAAGGCCCCUAGAAGCCUGCUUCUCUGCACAGCCCAGGACCUCUGGCCCCAUGGAGCCCCCGAUCCCACAGAGCGUCCCCUUGACUCCUAGCUCAGUCAUGGUCCAGCCCCUUCUGGACAGCCGUAUGGCCCACGGCCGGCUCCAGCACCCCCUCACCAUUCUCCCCAUCGACCAGAUGAAGACCAGCCACGUGGAGAAUGACUACAUCGACAAUCCUGGCCUGGCACCCCCCACCGGCCCCAAGCGGACCCGGGGUGCAGCCCCAGAGCUGGCCCUGACACCCGCCCGCUGUGACCAGGACAUCACCCACCACUGGAUCUCCUUCAGCGGGCGCCCCAGCUCUGUGAGCAGCAGCAGCAGUACGUCCUCUGACCAGCGCCUCUUAGACCACAUGGCCCCCCCGCCCGUGGCUGACCAGGCCUCCCCGAGGGCCGUGCGCAUCCAGCCCAAGGCCAUCCACUGCAAGCCACUGGACCUCAAGGGCCCGGCCGUCCCCCCAGAGCUGGACAAGCACUUCUUGCUGUGCGAGGCCUGCGGGAAGUGUAAGUGCAAGGAGUGCGCGUCCCCCCGGACGUUGCCCUCCUGCUGGGUCUGCAACCAGGAGUGCCUGUGCUCCGCCCAGACGCUGGUCAACUAUGGCACCUGCAUGUGCCUGGUGCAGGGCGUCUUCUACCACUGCACCAACGAGGACGAUGAGGGCUCCUGCGCCGACCACCCCUGCUCCUGCUCGCGCUCAAACUGCUGCGCCCGCUGGUCCUUCAUGGGCGCCCUCUCCCUGGUGCUGCCCUGCCUGCUCUGCUACCUGCCCGCCACCGGCUGCGUGAAGCUGGCCCAGCGCGGCUAUGACCGCCUGCGCCGCCCCGGAUGCCGCUGCAAGCACACGAACAGCGUCAUCUGCAAGGCAGCCACCGGGGACGCCAAGGCCAGCAGACCCGACAAGCCUUUCUGACACCUGGGGUCAAGUCCCGGCGCUUCCCCCUGGAAACUUGGUUCCCUUCUCACACCUGAGGGGGCUACCACAGCGAGGCCAGAGGUUUUAGCAUCCUCAGGCUGACCCUGCCAGUCUGCCCACUCCCUACCCCCAGCUUCUGAAGAAACAGAGACCACAAUCACCCGUGCUUCUCUUCCCCAAAAGGAUGAAGAACUUUGGGUUGUCUUUUUUUCAGGGUCCUGGAACUUUGUGUGAAACAGAUAGUGGCAGGGGCGUGGUGUGGUUUGGGGGCGAUUUUUCUUUUUCAGAAGAUGGAACACAGAUGUGGACACAUAUCCGGAAGUUGCAGCUGCUUGAAUGCCUUCCCAGCCCUCCUCCUCCCUCCCUCUCUCCCCGCUCUUUUGCAUUCUCUCUGGCUGCCUGGGAGGAACCGGUAACUGAGCGGCCAGGGGACCUUGGAAGAAGACCCUUGGAGUUUUGCCGUCUAUACCUUCUCCCAGCCUCUACCCCGGUUGGCCCCGACAUCUUGGGGAAGGUGUAGACCCUGGCGAUCCCUCUUGUACAUACUUGGGAGCCCCCCUCGUUCCUCGCUCUGCCCGGAGCCACGGAUGGAUUUAGGAACCACUGCACAGUACCUUUCCUCCCUUCCAACUCCCUCACUAACUCUUGGGGGUGUUCCACUCAUAACACGGUCCUUCGGCUCUUACUGGGUCACAGACUCACCCGCCCGCUACGUGUCCCAAGUUCUCUCUACCCAGAUCUUUUCCAGAAACUUUAUGGGUAGAGAAGGCGAGGGCGGCAAAUUCGAGACCAAAUAGCAUUUUGCCAAUGAGUCUGAGGCUGUGGUCUCUGGAUCCAGUCAUUAUGUUUUUAUAGAAGCAUUAAACCAGAUGCUAUCGGUGUUUUAAGAAAUAAUAGUAAAACACUUGCUUCCUUUUGGGCCA